CACCGCAGAGUCUGAAUAGACGGUGGCUUUGAAAAGGCCCGCCAAAGAAAGCAUUAGCGGAUUUCCCAAUUCCUCCUCUCAAGCGCGAACGGAGCGCCGUCAAGGCCCCGACGGCGGACAUGACGGCGGCGAUACUCGGCGGAGGGAUGAACAUUGUGAACGGAGUAGGCGGCGGGGGGAAGAGGACGGUGCUGAUAACAGGCGUCAGCAGGGGGCUGGGCAGAGCCCUAACCCUAGAGAUGGCCAAGCGUGGCCACACCGUCAUUGGUUGUUCUCGCUCUCCCGAGAGCCUGGCCUCUCUCCAGUCCGACAUCAAUUCCUCUUCUUCGGACCCCGACCCUUCGUCCUCCGAUAGGCACCUUUUCAUGAACGUCGACGUGAGGUCAAAUAGCAGUGUUGAAGAGUUAGCACGUGCUGUGGUGGAAAAGAUGGGUGUUCCUGAUAUUAUAGUAAAUAAUGCAGGUACCAUCAAUAGAAACAACAGACUUUGGGAGGUUCCUGUGGAAGAGUUUGAUACUGUCAUUGAUACCAACAUAAAGGGGAUAGCAAAUGUUUUACGUCACUUCAUCCCUCUUAUGAUUGAACGCAAGCAAGGCAUUAUUGUCAAUAUGUCAUCUGGGUGGGGAAGAUCUGCAGCUGCACAGGUUGCACCUUACUGUGCUUCAAAAUGGGCAGUAGAGGGCCUAACUAGGUCAAUGGCUAAGGAGUUACCCAGUGGAAUGGCGGUUGUUGCACUGAGUCCAGGCGUGGUAAACACAGACAUGCUCGUGUCAUGCUUUGGCAGUUCAGCUGCCUUAUACCAGACACCAGAGUCAUGGGCUCCAAAAGCAGCUAAUAUGAUACUUAAUCUUACGAUGGCAGACAAUGGCGCAUCUCUCACCGUGUGAUGGAGACGCCGGGCAGGGUACUGGCAUGACACCACCCACUUGUGCAGAUACCAUGAUGAUGAAAAGCGUCUGGUAUAUUGAAUCAGGCUCCUUGGUACUUUGUCAUAUGAGCGCUUAUUGCCGUGAAAUCUGGAUCGCAUUUUGUACUUGGCAGUUAUAAUGGUUUCUGUUUGUAUUAAGGAACAAAACUUGAUUGAUCAACCUGUUGGAGCCCGUUUGGAACAUCAUGAUAUUAUCCAAGUUUGAAUCUCUAGGAUUCACAGGAAAUGUAUAAAGGAUUCCAUAUACUCAAAGAAUGCCUCAAAACGGGAUUCCAUCGUGGCUCAA